AGCGUUUUGUGUUGUGUAUGGACCUAUUAGGCCCAUAAAUUACCAUAUAGCAUAUAUUCAACACAAAAACCAGCAACAAUUUGUUGUUGACAAAGGACAGCUGGGCAUAUAAAGGGUCCCAUGGCUUUCAGUAGCUAAGGGCCUCAUCAAACCUAAAUCCAGCCCUGUAAACAGUGAAUACUUUUUAGCUCCCCAUUAUUCUGGCCUUGCGACAAAAGAAAAGGAAGUUUGACUUGAUCUCCUCCCUAAAACCAGCUACCCUUCAGCGCCGUCUGAACGGGCACACAUAUAUAUAAAGGGAGUCGAGCCCAACUUGGCCGCCUUUGACAAACUGAAAGUGAAAAGCCUGCCGGAAGGGCUCGGGGAUCGCUUGCUUUGGCCUGCCUGCGGCGGCGGCGGCGGCUGAACUGCAGCAAUGGAGGAGCUGCCGGAACCGGGCGAAGAGGCCGCCGAGCCGGUCUCGGCUGUGGCCGCGUCGGGCGAGCGGAUCUCGGUGCACAACUUCUGCGGGCGCCUGUCGGAGCAGCUGGUGCACUUCCACGCCAUGCGCCUGCGGGACUCGCUCUUCCUCUGGGUCGGGGAAGAGCCCAAACUCGGCAACCUGGCCGUGGCCAUGUGCACCCCGCGCGUGAGUCCUCUCUCUCGGGUGCUCUGAACCCCGGGGUUGGAGGAGGGGGGGAGACCGGGGGGGGGGGACGGGACGGGGAGGAUGCGUUGCUUGCAACUUCACAUCUCCCCGUCGCGGAUCGGUGGCGCAUGCACAAAAGACUUGAGGAAUGGAGGUUAACCCCCCCCCCUUUUAUUGUCCAUUCCGGGUCGCCCAGCCACUGCCACCCUGUCCUUUUUCUCUCGGCAGGUCAAGAUGAGCAGGUGACAGCAAAGGUUGCAAGGUUUUUAGCUGGGGCAAACGGAAUCAGAUCCACUCUUUGACUAUGGAUUCCAACCCCUAAAAUGUGUUUUAUAUAAUGUGACUUUUUAUUUCUAUUCUUUGUAUAUCGCAUUGUUUUAUUGCUAUGGCUGAUGCAAUUAAAUAUUAGUUCGUUUCUUCGUUCCCACGUCCCGCCGUCGUACCACUGGCCUCCCUCUUUGCAGGCUGGAAACGGAAAGAGAACCUCGAUUUGGAGAGGACGUGCGCGGAGAAAAGCUUCCCCGGGCUCAAAUCGGGCUUCUUCUCCCUCUCCCCGGAGAAGCAUGCAGAGGCUUUGAUGAUGAUGAUGUCCACAACCAUCCUAUUCUCCGAAUAGGAUCAGUUAAUGGGAGUGUUUUAAGAUCGGGAAAGCGCAGCUGCUGACACAUUAGACAUUUAAAGCAGGUGACUCUUCCACGCCCCGCAAAGGAUCCUGGGAGCUGUAGUUUACCGUUGCAGAAGGAAAAUUCCUAGCACUGUUAACAAACAAGAGAGCGCAGCACAGUUAACAAACUAUAGCGUUCCCAGGAUCCUUUGGGGAAAGGCAGGUGCUGUAAAUGCAUGGAGUGUUUGCAAAUUUAUUAAGGUAUAAGUUUUCCUGGUUCAUGGUCCACUUCAUCACACACAAACACAGUGCUUCUUUGCAAAAAUUUUAAAAAAAAAUGUUUAGGGGUACUCUCAUUUUCCUACUCAUAUUGAAACACUGUCCCUCAAUGAGACCAAACUUAGAUUCACAAGAUGUUUAAGGGUAUGCGUCCCCCCAGAAAAAAGCACUGCACACACACACACACACACACACACGCACACUUGUGGGAGCUGCAGGAUGUAGGGGAAGUGAGAGGGAUAUGAAAUGCAAAAAGAACAAGGAGCCUUUGCACCAGCAUCGCCUCCCUUCCCUUUCUUAGAUAUCUAAUGGCUUGUCCCUUUCACCGUAUUUGAAGGCUGAUUCAUUUCCUGGGUCCAAUCAGACACCUUUAGCUAGUUUGCAGGUGAAGUUUGCUUGAGUGGUCCUUCCGCAAGUUUCUCUUCUGACAUUACAGGGUCAAGAGUUAUUACAAGCAAGUGCAUCUCUCUCUCUCUCUCUCUGGCUAAUCUGGAAGCCACAGGCCUUUUUCUGUUCCUCUUGAGCUCUGCUUAUUUUGAAUUCUGCUUGCUGAGCUUCCUUAAGUAGGAUACGAAGCAAAAUACUCCGUAGCCAGGGAGUGAAUGAUUCCUUCUCCGGCUAAUCUUGAACAGGUUUGUGUGACAGGUGUAGCACAGAAGUGACAUAACUCCAGCCCAAAAGGAAUAUUGUGGCACUGCUGUUGGAUUCUGGUUAAUGAUAUAUAGCAGGUAUCUUCAACCUUUUCAGACACAGGACCCAACUUUAACCUAAACAUGCACCUGGGGCCCUGCUUCUUAAUUUUUUGCACAUAUUUGGAUGGUGGUAGUCCUCCUGUUACGACACGCCUUAGAUCAAGCUGCAAGCCACUGGUUGAAGACCAGGGAUGUAUUAUAAGGUAAAGGGACCCCUGGCCAUUAGGUCCAGUUGUGGCCGACUCUGGGGUUGCGGCGCUCAUCUCGCUUUAUUGGCCUAGGGAGCUGGCAUGACUAAGCCGCUUCUGACGAACCAGAGCAGCACACAGAAAUGCCGUUUACCUUCCCGCCGGAGUGGUACCUAUUUAUCUACUUGCACUUUGAUGUGCUUUCGAACUGCUAGGUUGGCAGGAGCUGGGACCGAGCAAUGGGAGCUCACCCCGUUGCGGGGAUUCAAACCGCCGACCUUCUGAUCUGCAAGUCCUAGGCUCUGUGGUUUAACCCAUAGCGCCACCCGCGUCCAGGGAUGUAUUAUAGUGCUGAGUAAAAUGCUUCUGUAUACCUCCCUCCAAAACCAGGCUUGGUUUCUCUGCUGGCUGGACCUCAGUAAUAGGACAGACUUUUAAAGUUGUCUUGUCCAGCUAUUUAAGAAGCAUGGAAACAUUUUGCUAGGCCAGGCUCUGAUGGCUCUACUUGUGUCUGUGAUCUGUUUUAAAUUGCCAUGACCCAAGCCCCUCUUGUGCUCUCUCUCUUGUAUCUUUAUGAGAUAAGAAGAGAGUCACUUCUGGAGGAUGGAGAAAAACUCACCACACUUUUUUGCUUUCUUUCCAGGACUCCAUUCCAGCGUCUACCUUACUCUUUGGUGACUCCUCCAACAGCACCUCCAAUUCACUAGCCCAAAAAUUAGGUAUGUAAUUGUGUGCACCUUUAAACCUGCCGCACGGUGCCGUGGUCUGGCUGGAUUCAGAGGACUGGUGGGAGGCACCAGCUGGGGAACCCGCCAGGGGAAAAAGGUUUAGAGCCAGGAGAUUGGUGGUGGGUCAGAGGGAGAAGACUGGGAGCAGGAGGAAGUGUUGGAAGCUGAAGAGGUAACAGGGCUUAGUGAGCUGGGAGAGUCUGAGGCAGAGAGAAGUCCAGAAUCAGAGGCAGAGGCAGAAGCAGGACAGGAGGGAGGCCAAGAGGCAAAGAUGAGUCUGGCUGAUGAAGAGUCAUGUGUCUCCCCCUCCUCUAGCUCCGCUCUCUCUCCCCCUGCCCCCGGUCCACCAGAACCAGGAGAGGCAUGAAGAAGGUGGAGAGGUUAGCUUCAUGCAGGCACAGUCUCAGAUUGCUUGGGAAGGACCUGGGUAGGAGCUGUGGAAAGGCGGGGGGACCUUUAAUCUCUGCAACUGCCACACAGGGGCAAGCCCUUCCAAGAAGAGUUGCUGUGCUUAUUAGGCCUGGCACUCCUGAGCAGACCUUGCGUCCUUGAAUAAAGAGUUAACUUCACUUACUCAGUGUGAUUUAUUGCUGGCCUGCCCCUGACACAUGAGCAGGGAGCUGCAGGCGUGGAGGUCAAAUGUGCCCCCCCCCGGCCUCCCUAGGGACUCUUCCCAGGCAUGCACCCUCUGCCUAGGUCUCACCGUUCACCAGCUCUGCUUUUCAACCGCCUUGAGUAUAUUUGUCUGGCUGGAAUGGGUCCUUGGACUCUGGUUAUGCUUCUUGCUUGCCUAGAUGGAGGAUAUAGAGGGGUAUGUGUCGAAACGAUUUUACUGUCCAAAGCUUAACAUUUAUAGCCAUUGCUCCAUCCACUUUAGGGAUGCGGGUGGCGCUGUGGGUUAAACCACAGAGCCUAGGACUUGCCAAUCUGAAGGUCGGUGGUUCGAAUCCCCGCCACGGGGUGAGCUCCCCGUUGCUCGGUCCCAGCUCCUGCCAACCUAGCAGUUUGAAAGCACGUCAAAAGUGCAAGUCGAUCAAUAGGAACCGCUCCGGCGGGAAGGUAAACGGUGUUUCAGUGUGCUGCUCUGGUUCGCCAGAAGCGGCUUAGUCAUGCUGGCCACAUGACCCGGAAGCUGUACACCGGCUCCCUCGGCCAAUAAAGCGAGAUGAGCGCCGCAACCCCAGAGUCGGCCACGACUGCACCUAAUGGUCAGGGGUCCCUUUACCUUUACCAUCCACUUUUGGCAUGGGAAUGUGGCCCCCAGAAGGGAUUGUGGCCCUCAGGCGAAAAACGGCUCCCUGCUCUUCCUGUAGUACAUUUGAAGAGAAAUAAGCCUAUGGCAGUGUAGGCUCUUUUUAAAACAUCAUAUUCAUUCUGAGUUAUUCAGAUAGUUUGGGGUGCAUGGGGUGUUAGGGGAAGGGAGGGGUAGUACCUCUGGUGGGGGGCACGUCAUACUCCUUCUGGGGUAGUUUGCCCACCUUUGGUCUCUAUCCUGCACUCAGCUCUCACCUGUGGCUCUGAGAAGCUGUCAGCAUGCGACAGUGGAUACACCCAGGAAAUAGCUUUGACUGUCCAGCUAAACCUGGUGAGGGCAGCCGAUGGAUCUCAAACCUCUGGCGAGUUAGGGGCUUUCCCUACAUGCAAAGACAGGCUCCUGCAAAUUGAGUGGAUGAGACCAAUAUUGUGUCCAACGGUCAAGAAGGCAGUUUCUGCACGUGCUGUAGAGGGAAGCGAGGGGCAGAUCCACCUGGGAAGGUAGCCAUCUAGGAGAAGGAAAACUCUUGAUCCUAAACCUCUGCUGCCUUGCAAGACAUCUUUGGGAGAAGAAAAGGCUAAGGAGUAAACCCUACACAAAUUGGGAGUGGAGUCCCUAAGACGGUUGGAUGGCGCCUUGCACGCCUCCUUCCAGCAACUCUUGCAGCCAAGCUGGUGCCAAAUGUAUUGUUCUUCUCUCCUUUGGACCACAUCAGUGAGGACAAGAGAGGGGCAGGCCCUCCAUAUACACCACCCUGGCUUGCACCCCAGGGAAGUCACUUUGGUGUUGCUAACACAGCAGUUUGACCUCACCUCUUGAGACAGAAGGAUGCCAGGUAGCUUACUUCAGAUGCCAUUAGGUUAUUUUCUCUCCUCCCCUUAAUCAAUUGCUGACCCUCCUGUGGGAUUUGAACUGCUCUGGUCCAUGGGGUCACAAAGAGUCGGACACGACUAAACGACUAAACAAAAAAAUAAUGUAUUUUUCAUUACUGCUGCAACAUUAGCUCCUUCAUUUUUUUGCUCAGUCUUUGCAUCUGUUUUUCUUUCAGCCAGCAAGACGAAAAAGCAGAUUUUUGUCAGCUAUAAUAUUCAAAAUACAGACAGCAGCUUCACACUACUUGUGGAAAACCGAAUCAAGGAGGAAAUGACACUGUUUCCAGACAAGUUUUAGCUUUGCAUCAUUGUGGCGUGCCUGCAUUUUUGUUUCUGUGUUUUUUUGUUUGUUUGUUUUUAAAAUAAUGAAUGGGAUGACAUGCGUUUUUUCUGUCACUGAGUGAACUUCAUUUGCUUUUUGUAUCAGGCCUAGAACCUGUAAGGUUUGGCUGAGGGUGCCAUCUACUGGAUGUGCUGGGAACUACACACAUGAUAACACAAUCUGUGUUCUUCCCACUAUGGCUUCCUUCUCGCUUCUAGUGUAUUAUGAGGCUAACUUGUUCCCGGGCAGUACCACUUCAACCAUGGGGGACUCAGGAAAUCCAGUUAUCUUGAGAAAAACAAAUCCCUACCUAUCAAAAACCACAUGGCAAGGAGAAGGGCUGACUGCCAGUUUCCUCUGUGCAAGGAGGUACUGCAUUUUAUUGUAGAGAGAACGUUCAAUCAUGUGAGCCUCCCCUGCAGUCUUAAAUGGUAUGGCCUAUAACAGGUUUGCUGCUUCAUCUGCAUUUGUUGCAGUCGAGAAACAGCCCUGUCUUAAUAGGGAAGGAGUAAAUAUAUUGAGUUGCAUCUGUAAGAGGAAGUACUGCUGGCAUGAAUCUAGUGGAGUCAUUUAGUGCUUCUUGCUGUGAUUCUGUUAACAAGUUCCCUAUUCUUUGUGGGUUUGGUUUUGUUUUUAAAUGAGAGGGCGGUAAUCUUGCUUUCCCACAAGAACAACGGGAAUAAACUAUUGGAGCUACUACGGCAUCUGGGCAUUAAUAAAAUGAAGUCCAUAGGCACCAGAGGUGUAGGAGGCCUUGGGUGCCAGAACACCCACAAUUUUGGGGGGUGGGUGUGCUUAGCACCUCAUAUGCAAUGCACCUUAGCACCUCAUACGCGAGUUCUGGUUUCUUUUUCUUUUUUUAAAUCAUUUUUAUUGAUUUUCCAAUAAGAAACAUCCAAUUAAUAUAUCCAAUCAUAAUACUUCAAUUACAAUAAAAAACUAAAAUAAAAAAGACCAAAUUAUAAUUAUUAAUUUUUCGGUCUGGAUAUCUGAAGCAAAUCUCCACAUCUUAGUCCUGCUUUUCCUCGUUUUUUCCAUAUUUUACACAUCUCGAUUUUAACGCUUCAUAAUUCUUUGUCCCUGUGAGUUCCAGCUUCUACUGGAAGUCACGUCGGAACCCCAACACUCCCAGAGGACGUCAGAGGCCCUGCCAGGCCUCUGAAUGCGACUUCUGGUAGAAACUGGAAGUCGUUUUGGAGGCCUCACAAGACCUCGGACAUAACCUCUGAGAGACUCUGCAAGGCCUUGUUAAGCGAUGCUGCGCCGCCACGUGAUGUCAUGAAGUCACGACGCGUCACGGGUGCCAUUGGGCCCCCAUAACCCGGGGCCCAAGUCAGGGCCCCUGACAGAGGUAAAUCUGAAGCGUGUAUUUGGAGAGACGCUUCAAAUGUACCUCCAACCUAGUGGCCUGUAGUUGGACUACAACUUCCACCAGCUGCUGCCAUCAUAGCCAGUGGCCAAGGAUGGUGGGAACUGUAGUCCCAGCUACAGCCAGAGGUCAGCAGGUUGAGGGGGGGAAGGCUGCUUUAAACAAAUGGACAAUGCAAGAAGUGCACAGCCCAAACGGGAAGUUCUCCUGUGUGAGCAUGGAUGCAGGAGGAAAGCUUAAUGAGAUACUAGUCAUGAAGACUAAGGCUCUCCCGGUUUGAAAAGUUUAAUAGGUUGGCGUUUCGCAGGGAUGGCAGUGCCUUGUGGCUCUGAUAGGAACAUGAGAAGUUGCCUUACGACCAAUUCAAGCUGUGGGGCCAAUCUAGCUCAGUAUUGUGUUCAGUGCCUGGCUGUGGGUUCUUAGACUAGAUCCCUUUCCCAGACAUAUCCCUGAAAUGCUGGAGACUGGAUCAGGGUUGCAUGUACUCUGUUAGUGAGCUACAACACUUAAAACUGAUGGGAUGGAUCCAAUGGAGAGCAGGUCUUAAUGUGUGACAUUAUUUUUAAUGUUUUAACACACUUUUAUGGAUGCCUAUAAGCUGCCUUGACACUAGACACAGGUAUAUUUAAAUAUUUCAGUUAAAAAUAAUAAUAAUAAUCAGGUUCUGCCUAAAGGAGCUCUUGAGCAGAGAGGUUGAUAGUGUAUACCACUGGCAAAACAGACGAGCGUGGGGUUUGUUUGUUUUUUCUAAUGGGGCAAUGUCUUUUAUUCCUGUUCGUUUACAUACAAAGUUGUUCAGCAGGUACAACGGAUGUGACAUCAUGCAGACAUUUAGCUUUUAGGACGGUUCUUCAGUAGUUGACUUUUAAGCUUGUGCUAUGAAGCACCACCAAACCACCCGUGAUUUAUUUUAAUAAAAAAAACAACUGUAGAGU